CACUUCCGAUGACACAACUGUUCCCCAAAACACAAGCAGCAAGGGAGACAGCCCUAUUUAUAGCUAUGCAACCAUUUAAAAUACGAGUCUUUCCACCUUCUCUGAGCCUGAGGAUUGUGAUAGAAAGAUAAACAAGAUAAAGACAUUUUGAAAUAGAAGAACUGCAUAUAGUGUAGAAGCAGGAAUAUGAGCAAGCCAGACUAGACAAAUUCAAGACACAGUGAUUCAAGCUGGCGUCUUUCACCUUGAGCAAGUUUCACCGUUCUCUGUAUCCAAGGAGGAAGAGAUGGUUGCUCCUCUUGCAUUCAUCUUCAUAGCCCAGUGGAUGCUGCUGAUCACCCAGUUGUGUGUUGGCUGGAAAUGCACAAACUGCAUGAACAGAUCAGCCGUUGAAAACUUCUCCUGUGUGAUUUAUAAUGUUUCCCUCAUGAACUGCACUUGGCAAGCAGGCAGGGAUGCUCCAGGAGAUACACAAUAUUUUCUGUACUGGCAGAACUCAAGAGAUGACGAAGAGACGGAAUGUGAGCUUUACAUUAAAGAUGAAAAUGGCAGAAACAUGGGAUGUAGAUUCAAAAACGUGAGGAUAGAGACUCAAAAAUCUUACUUCCUGGUGAAUGGGUCUAGUAAAGUCUCUCGGAUCCAGUUCUAUGAUGAGUAUAUUCAACUGUUUAAAAUUGAAAAACUCAUGUCCCCAUCAAAUAUCACUGUCAACUGUGAUGAAACUAAAAAUGAUUGCAUAAUUCAGUGGCAACGACCCCAAAUAAGUCAUUCUAACAAAGAUAAGUGUUUUAAAUAUGAAAUCAACAUAAAGUAUAAGGAUAAUCCUGAGGGAAAAACCAUAUAUACUUCUAUACAAGAAGGGGGAAAUAGUCACACAUUUCAAAGAUCCAAUACAAGAAAGAAGUACCUCUUGAAAAUGCGAGCAGCAGGCAGUGCCUGCUUUGUGAGUCCAGCCUGGGGGGAGUGGAGCACACCUGCUGAGUUUGGAAAUGAAGAAAUUAUUCCUUCUUCAGAAAGUAUUUUACUCGUGGUAGCAGUUGCAACGCUCUUAGUGACAAUUGUUGCAAUUUUGUUCUGCAAAAGGAUUGGCUGUUGGAAAGCAGCAUUUCCACAAAUCCCAGAGCCAAAAAAUGCAUUUCAUGGACUGCAUGAUACAAAUCCAGAGCUGAUGGAGAGCAAAAUUCUGUCAAUAAAAUCUGAAAAUGAAGAGAUUAUGUUAGUUGCUGAUGUACUGAAAUAACCAAGAAAAACUGAAGAAUUUGAAAGUGCAUUUCUUAGCUUUCCCUGUGGAAAGUCUGCAAUACUGUGUAGGAUUUUGUCACUUUCUUCUUUUUCUUGGCAAAAAUAAUAGUGCAGCUGAAAGAGAAUGAUACUUCACGUGUAACUUUUUUUAAAAUGACAUCGUAUUUUCUUUUAAUUUUGGCUAACUUUAACUGUUUGGGUAACUUGUCCUUAUUGGAUAUCUUCCAUAUUGUGAAUAUGAUUGAAAUAUUUCAGUCAAGAAGUUUUAGUUACAUUUUAAUUAGUUUAGGGAAAAAUAAUGGUUUUGUCUCAUAUUAAAAAUAAUAAAAACUAA